UGUGUAAAUUAACAUAAAUAUUUAUAAAUUUCUCGCUCUUUCUCCUUUCUGUGGUCGCUGUCAACCACGGAUGGAGAAAGAGAGAGUGAGAGCAGAGAAGGGAAGUUAGCAGGGCUCUCAACCGCUCCCCCACAACCCAAUCCUCCGUCGCCUACCCUAUUCUUUCCCCUUUCUUUCCCAUUUUUUGGUUCUCUAAUUGAUUCGAAGUCUUCGGGCUUCGGAGCCAUCCAAGGCAGAGGAAUGGAUUUCGGUGAUAACGACAACAGUAACAACAAUGAGAUGUGGGAAUGGCCAGGAGAGGAGUAUAGUCUGCAAACAGAUUCACGAAAUGAUUUCUCUCACUUUCUAUGGGAUGAAGUAAACACAAAUGAAGAUGGUUUGUUUUACAUGCUUGAGGAACAAACUCCUAUUAAGGAUUGUGCAGAUUUUGGCCACCAAGUAUCUGAUAUUGGAGAUAAUACCAACAAAGAUUUGGAGGAAACUAGAGAAUCUUCACAGCUCAAGAGGAGGCGAAUGUUGCAGUUCACAAUGGAUUCUAAUGAGGCUGACAUUGCCGACGUGCAAGAUGCUGCUACUUUCUUAAAAUCUAAGGUAAGAGAGUGUUCGAUGGUGGAAGAUGGUCUUUCAGAAAGUAUACAGUGGAAUUCAGAUGAAAGGUGUGCCUUAAGCUGUGAAGGGUUGGAUCAAUCAUCAGAGGGGUGGCUGAUGGAAUGCUUAAAUGAAAACGAGAUGCGCUGUGGCCCCGAUGAAAUGAACAAUUACGUGGCCUACAAUGAACAAGUCAUUGUUUCUGAUGUUUAUACCAUCUCAUUGGUGUCUUUAGAGUGUAACAACAUUUCACCUGAGAUGGAAACUGAUGUGGUGCAAGAGACACCAGUUCCUGCUCCUUCCAGAAUUUUUAAGGGUAGGAAAUCUUACAUGAAAACUCCGACAAAGUUAACCACUUCGGUUGCCUAUCCUUUUUCCCUCAUCAAACCAUGUGGAGUUCAAGGUGAUGUAACUUUGAGUGACAUAAAUCAGCGAAUUCUUGCUCCACCACCAUCAAGACUGAAGCAUAAGAAGGAUGAGGACCCUACCAUUGCUUAUCCUACUUCGGCUUAUUCUGGGAAGCCUGUGGUUAUCAAAACAAAAAUUCGCACUGAAGGGGGAAAAGGCAGCAUUACUAUAACGAGAACCAGAGGUUGACUCAAUAAUUUCCAAGUAUUUUGUGGGUCUGGCCUCUUUCUCAUGCAUUUCGUUUUCUGUUGGUCUUGCAUGAGAGGUUCUGGCCAGGUAGUUUACAUAUGUGUUUUAUUGGAUCCUUGUUUGGUGUUGGAUCAUUUGCUCGGACUUAUUUCUUGGACAUCUUAUUUUGAGCUUAAGUUCCACAUUGCUGAGAGGAACUUGUUCUUCUUUUGUGAUGCUUUCAUUAGUUGAAGAAAAAUGUAGUGUUAAAACUUGGAUUUUCUUUACUUUUCAUUAUUGUUGUCCUA